ACCAGUGGUGGGGAUACACUUAGGAUCCAGAUAUGAAGGAUUAUGAUGACACCAUAUCUUUUUUGGGGCAGUGGGGAUGUUUCCAGCAGAUUGUCUUCUUCCUGCUCUGUGCCAGCAUUAUGCCAAACGGAUUUGGCGCACUAUCUGUUGUCUUCUUGACGGCUAUUCCCAGUCACCACUGUCUGGUUCCAGAGGUUAACCUGUCUGAAGAUUGGCGAAAUGCUAUCAUCCCAAUAGAGGUGGUGAAUGGGGAACCGGAGCUGAGCCGAUGCAGCAGGUACAGGCUGGAUGUGGUCCAAAAUCUCUCUGCUCAGGGAUUCAUUCCUGACAGGGACGUCAACCUCACUGACCUGGAGCAGGAGGGCUGUGUGGACGGUUGGAGCUACAACAGUGACACCUACCAGUCUACCAUCGUAACUGAGUUUGACCUGGUGUGUGAUGAUCAGUGGAAGCAGCCAUUCACCACCACAGUUUUCUACUUGGGAUUUCUUGCUGGAUCCUUCUUUUCAGGACAGCUCUCAGACAGGUUUGGAAGAAAGCCUGUUCUCUUUGCCACCAUGGCACUUCAGACACUUUUUACAUUUUCUGAGAUGUUUUCACCUUCUUGGACAGUGUUUGCCAUCCUCCUCUUCUUUAAUGGUUUGGGACAUAACUCCAACUAUGUAUCUGGUUUUGUGCUGGGCACUGAGAUCUUCACCGGCAAAGUGCGGGUCCUGUUCUCAUCUAUGGGUGUGUGUCUGGGCUUUGCUGUUGGCUAUAUGCUGCUGCCUCUUUUUGCUUACUUUUUAAGGGACUGGAAAUCACUCCUGCUGGGUGUCUCGCUGCCUGGCCUGCUCUACAUUCCUUUCUGGUGGUUCAUCCCAGAGUCUCCUCGGUGGUUGCUUUCUCAGGGAAGAGUGCAGGAGGCCGAGGCCAUAGUGAGAGAGGCUGCUAAGAAGAACAAAGUUGGGGCUCCGCAGGUGAUCUUUAAGGAUUACAUUGCACAUGCUGAUGAGAAAGAGACGACCCCUAAGGAACAUCACAAUGUCUUAGACCUGCUGAGGACAGAUAACAUCAGAAACAUGUCUUUCAUUCUGUGCCUGGUGUGGAUCACAAUGAGUGCUGGAUACUAUGGCCUGUCCCUGAACACAUCCCGACUUCAUGCAAACCCCUAUAUCAGCUGCUUCUUCUCAGCAGCUGUUGAGGUACCAGCAUACAUUUCCAGCUGGCUGGCACUGCGAUACCUUCCACGACGACUGUCUGUCAUCCUUGUCCUGCUCGUUGCAGGAGUGUCGUUGUACUUCAUUCCACUGGUACCUAAAAGCAUAUCUGAACUGGCUGUUGCACUGGAGAUGCUGGGUAAAUAUAGUAUUACUGUAGGUAUAGCUCUGAUUUUUGCCUACACUGCAGAGCUUUACCCAACAGUGUUAAGGAAUACAGCGACAGGGACAUGCACUACCAUUUCCAGAGUGGGCAGCUGCGUUGUACCUUUUUUGUUACUGCUGGGUGAUUACUUUAGGUACCUGCCUUAUAUCACACUGGGGACUCUGUCUGUUGUGUCUGCCUUCGCUGCUCUCUUCCUACCAGAGAGUUUUGGACGUCCUCUCCCUCAAACUAUUCAAGAGAUGCAGAAAAGAGAGAGCAUGAGGUGCCCGUUCAACACGAGAAAGGAACAUUCAAAACCUGUGGUGCUUUUCGAAAGUCAGCUCUAAACGUAGGCUAUAAGACA